AUGGCGAUCCAGAAGAAGCACGGCAAAGGCCGUCUCGACAAAUGGUACAAGCUCGCCAAGGAGAAGGGCUACCGCGCCCGCGCCGCCUUCAAGCUCAUCCAGCUGAACAAAAAGUACAAUUUCCUCGAGAAGAGCAAGGUCCUCAUCGAUCUGUGCGCCGCCCCCGGAUCAUGGUGUCAAGUCGCGUCCGAGGUCAUGCCCGCAAAUGCCCUUAUCAUCGGUGUCGAUUUGGCACCGAUCAAAGCCAUCCCACGUUGCAUCACCUUCCAGAGCGAUAUUACGACCGACAAGUGUCGUGCGACCAUCCGACAGCACCUCAAGACAUGGAAGGCGGACACCGUAUUGCACGACGGAGCGCCCAAUGUCGGUACGGCGUGGGUGCAGGAUGCUUUCACGCAGGCCGAGCUUGUGCUGCAGUCUAUGAAGCUGGCGACUGAGUUUUUGGUCGAGGGUGGAACUUUCGUCACCAAGGUCUUCCGUUCGAAGGACUACAACUCUCUGUUGUGGGUAUUCAACCAGCUGUUCACCAAAGUCGAAGCCACGAAGCCACCCUCCUCGCGUAACGUCUCCGCCGAAAUCUUUGUCGUCUGCCGCGGCUUCAAAGCACCCAAGCACAUCGACCCCCGUUUCCUCGACGCGAAGAGCGUGUUCGCAGAAUUGGCCGACCCGACCCCGAACAAUGAAGCUAAGGUGUUUAAACCUGAGAUCAAGAAGAGGAAACGUGAGGGUUAUGAAGAAGGCGACUGGACCCAGUUCAAGGAAGCACCUGUGAGCGAGUUCAUCCAGACGACCGACCCCAUCGCUAUGCUUGGAGGCCUGAACAAGUUGAGCUUUGUCCAGCCACCCAACGGAGACGUCGCCAUUGCAACCAUCGACAAACUGCCAGAGACUACAAUCGAAGUCCGAAAUUGCUGUGCGGAUCUCAAAGUAUUGGGCCGCGCCGACUUCAAGAGGCUGCUCCGAUGGCGAUUGAAGGUCCGAGAUAUUUUCGGCUUUGCCUCUAAGAAGAAGCAAGAGGAGGCAGAGGGUGAGGAGGUUGCCGAGGUUGAGCCUAUGGACGAGGAAAUGCAAAUCAUGGAAGAUAUGCAGCGGCUUGACGACCAAGAGUCCAAGAAGAAGAAAAAGGCACGGCGACAGGAGAAUGAGCGCAAGCAGAAGGAGGUCGUGCGAAUGCAAAUGAACAUGACUACGCCCUUUGAGAUCGGUAUGGAGCAAGCUGGUCCUCAAGGCGACGAUUCCAUGUUCGGUCUCAAGUCGAUCGACAAGGCCGGAGCACUGUCCAAGGUCGCACGCGGCAAGAUGGCAACAGUAGUUGAACGUGAGAAGCCUGAAGAGUCCGAUGAAGAGAUUGUCACCGAUGACGAAGGUGACCAGCUUGAUGCAGAGCUGGAUAACAUGUACAGCGAGUACGUGGAGCACAGAUCUGCGCGAGAUGCCAAGUAUCGUGCGAAACGUGCUCGGAAGGAGGACGAGGAUGGGGAAUGGCAUGGCUUUUCCGAUGAGGAUAAGGAGGAGAGUGAUGACGAGGAAUUGGUACAGGAUGAGGACAGCGACUUCAGCGACGAUGAGGAUGAGGCGCCGCGACCCCUAAUAACCGACCUCGACAAGAAUGGCAACACCAAAGGUGGUCUUACUAAACGCGCUUCGAGAUUCUUCGACCAAGACAUUUUCAAAGGCAUAGAUGACUUGGAAGAACUGGAAGAGGCAGAAGAAGACGGCGAGGACAGUGGCAUCGAUGUUGACGGCGAUAGCGAAGAGGAUACCACUGCUGCAGCACGCGAAAAAGCCGUUGUUGUGAAGAAAGUCAAGAUCGAGGCACCGCCACAAGAAGAUGAUGCAGACUCAUCCGAUGACGAAGACAAGAUAGAGGAAGUCGCCCGCGACGAAACCCAAUGGGAGCAAGACAAUACCCCUAUGCGCAACGGCCGUCCUGACGUCGACAUCAUCACCGCCGAAGCCAUGACAAUGGCACACCAGCUUGCCACCGGCAAGAAAACCAAAGCCGACCUCCUCGAUGACUCCUUCAAUCGCUACUCUCUCCGCGACGUCGACGGCCUUCCAGACUGGUUCCUCGACGACGAGAACAAGCACUCCAAGCUGCAGCGCCCGACCACCGCAGCCGCAGCCGCCGCCAUCAAAGAGAAGAUGCGCGCCCUCAACGCCCGCCCCAUCAAGAAGGUCCGCGAGGCCAAGGCCCGCAAGAAGUUCAAGGCUGCGCAGCGCCUCGAAAAGCUGAAGAAGAAGUCUGCGCUGCUGGCGGACGAGGAGGGCUUGACUGAGAAGGAGAAGGCGCAGUCUAUUGCGAGGUUGAUGAGCCGUGCCGCGAAGAAGAAGCCCAAGCAAAAGGUUACCGUUGUUGUGGCGAGGGGUAGUAACAAGGGUAAGGGCCGGCCUGGCGGGACGAAGGGCAAGUAUAAGAUGGUGGAUGCGAGGUUGAAAAAGGAUGUCAGGGCUGAGAAAAGGAUUGCGAAGAAGAGGAAAUAG